CUUCUAAGAGGGUUUGACUUGAAUGAGUGAGUUUUGCUCAAUGCAUGGUUAAAAUUUUAAAUUUAAACUCAGCCAAAACCUAAUAAUAAUAAUAAAAAGGAGUUCAUGUGACUUAAUAUAGUAGCUGUAGGUGCUUUCAUGGCAUGUAUUUAUAUGCAGAAGACAUCCCUCUCCUUCCUCACUUCAACCUCCAACUCCAGUUCUUAACUCUCACCCUCUCUCUCACCUCUGGAACUGAAGCUAAAACCAUGAAGCAAAGCUUUUAUAACAGUCUGCUUCUCAUCCUCCUUCUUUUCCUUUUCUAUUCCUCAAAAUUAAAUGCACGUCACAUGCCAAGCAAAGAUGGAAAAGAGGAGGUGAACCUCAAUGCAAUGAUGAUUAGCAGCGAGGAAUCUCUUUUGCAAAUGGAGCUAAUGGGUUUAGAGAUGUGUGAAAAUGGGGAUGAAGAAUGCUUCAAGAGAAGAAUAGUCUCAGAGGCUCACUUGGACUACAUCUACACUCAGCAUCACAAGCCUUGAUGACUUGGUUAAAACUUCAGAUCAUAUGAAGUUUCAAGGUUGUCUAUUGAUUUUCAGCAGCCUAAGCCUACAAUCCCUAUAUCCCAUAUCAUAUCUGUAAAAUUCAUCUUUAAAUGACACCAUGAUAAUUGGAAGCCAUUAGAACUGGUUUCCAAAUGUUGCUUUUCUCUCUCGAGAUAAUGUAAUUGUUAUACCCAAUGCAGCUAAUCAAUUUCCAUA